AUGACAGACCCUUCCUACGCUGCCCAGCAGCUCUACUACGACGGUACCGUCAAGCCGGCCACUUCUAAUAAGUCUUUCAAAACCGUCGACCCCUCCACAGCUAGACCUCUGGCAGAUGUCCAGAUUGCCUCCGAAUCAGACGUCGAUGCCGCCAUAGCAUCAGCACGGAAAGCCUUCCCCUCCUGGUCCCAAACAUCCCCCGUCGCUCGCUCCCGCAUCCUGCUGAAGGCCGUCUCCCUUCUGCGUGCCCGCAACGAUGAGAUAGCAAAGGUCGAGACCCACGAUACAGGCAAGCCCUUUUCGGAAACCAGCACCGUGGAUAUAACCACUGGCGCCGAUGUGCUCGAAUACUUCGCCAACCUCGUCGCCAGCGGAGGCUUAAAUGGGGAGACCACACACCUGCGGCCGGAUGCCUGGAUAUACACCAAGAAAGAUGCACUAGGAGUAUGUGCUGGUAUAGGAGCAUGGAACUACCCCAUCCAAAUCGCACUGUGGAAAUCAGGGCCCUGUUUAGCAGCUGGAAACUGCAUGGUGUACAAGCCAUCUGAAAUGACCCCUCUGCAUGGCCAAAUUCUGGCGCAGAUAUACACCGAGGCAGGCGUCCCACCAGGAGUCUUCAACAUCGUCCAUGGUGAUGGAGCUGUGGGCGCACGCCUCACUUCCCAUCCGGGAAUUGCAAAAGUAAGCUUCACAGGUCAAGUAGCUACGGGCCAGAAAGUUGCUGCCGCCGCAGCAGGUGGCAUGAAAUAUGUUACCAUGGAACUAGGAGGGAAGAGCCCGCUCAUAGUCCUUCCAGAUGCCGUGGUUGAAAACGCAGUUGACGGCGCCAUGAUGGCGAAUUUCUUUUCCACUGGCCAAGUCUGCACAAAUGGGACGCGGGUUUUCGUGCACAAGAGCAUGAAAUCCGCGUUUGAGAAGCUUCUCCUCGAGAAAAUGGCAUACAUCCGAGCCCUCGAGCCCAUGGAUCCCAAUAGCAAUUUCGGGCCUCUGGUCUCAGAAACACACUACCAAAAAGUUCUCAGCUAUAUACACCAUGGUGUAGAUGUCGAUAAGGCGAAGCUACUCCAUGGUGGUUCCGCAAAACCCGCUAAUAUCCCAAAGGGCUAUGAGAACGGGUUUUGGGCCCAACCCACGAUCUUCACGGACUGCACGGACGCUAUGAAAAUCACCGCUGAAGAGAUAUUCGGCCCUGUGAUGUGUAUACUGACAUACGAGACGGUCGACGAGGCCAUCACUCGCGCGAAUGAUACCAAACUUGGCCUUGCAGCGGGUGUCUUCGGGAAGAAUAUCAAUCAGUGCCAUGAGGUUAUUAGUAAGCUCGAGGCGGGAAUUACCUGGAUUAACACCUGGGGCGAGAGUCCGGCGGAGAUGAGUGUUGGAGGAUGGAAGAUGAGCGGCAUGGGAGUGGAGAAUGGACGCCGGGGCUUGAAUGCUUGGGUUAGGGAGAAGAGCACGCUUGUCGAGGGUAGUGGUGCUGUUGGGACGGUGUUUUCAAAGUUAUAA